AUGAAAACAGUUCUGGUAUCCUUUAUUUAUGCCAGUCCAAGAAGAGUGGAGAGACGCCAUUUAUGGCAGAACCUCCAAAGUCUUAUACCUAACCCUAAUGUUCCUUGGGUGGCAAUUGGGGAUUUUAAUUCGGUUGCAAACGGUAGUGCAAAACUCGGUGGUGCAGAGGUGUGCUUAGGUAGUGCGCAAGAGAUGUUGCAGUGCCUCCAGGCGUGUGAGCUCAAUGAUAUUGGGUUCCAAGUUCCUUGCUUCACUUGGAAGCGAGGCCGGCUCCAGGAAAGGCUUGAUAUGGCUUGCACGAAUGAGAAAUGGAAUAUUAAGUGGCCCAACACUUUCCUUGCUCACUUCCCCUUCUUCAACUCUGACCACCGCCUCAUAAUCAUGAUGGAUAACCAUCCUGGAAGGCAGGCUUCGAGCCAAAAACCCUUUAGGUUCAUGGAAGCCUGGUUAACCUCCAAUAAUUUUAGUCAUCUGGCCAACGAAGCUUGGACUAAUAAUCGGUGCUGGGCGCAAGACUCUUCCCCGCCAAAAUCUCGCAUUGAUGCUAGAUUAAAGGGCAUCGAUCACAAUCUUAGCUUCCAGUACAACAGCAACCUUGUCAACCUCCGUAAAAGCUUUUGGAAAGAUUUGGAGACCAUCCUCUUAAGAGAGGAGCUUACUUGGUUCCAGAGAUCUCGCAGUCGUUGGAUCAAGUAUGGGGAUAGGAAUACAAGAUACUUCCAUGCAAACACAGUGGCCAAGAGAAGAAGGAAUAUAAUUGACGCACUGAAGAAUGACGAUGGAGAGUGGGUGUCAAAUGUGGACCAGCUAACCACCCUUGCUUCAACUUUCUUUAUGAACCUGUAUACUGAGGAUAAUACUUCGAGAGCCAAGCUUCCCUUAAGGGGAAUGUUCCCUUCAGUUCAUGGAAUGAACCAUUCGGGGAUGAAUAGGGUCCCUUUUACUGAGGAGAUCAGGAGAUUAGUCUUCAAGAUGGGAAAAUUCAAAGCUCCAGGUCCCGAUGGUCUACUUGCUGUUUUCUUUCAAUCUCAAUGGGACAAUAUUGGAGCUUCGAUUGGCCUCCUUAUCAAAGAGCUUUUCCUUAACCCUCAGUGA